GUGCGUGAGGCUCUCAGGAGCGGAGAGGCUCUGCGGGAAGCUCUCAGUCAUGACUGUGUGAGCUGGGAGGCAGGCGCAGGACGCACAGCUGCCGCUAACGCCUCUGCUCUGCGCAAACUUCAGCCUUUUUAGCGUCUUUGUGGGAAAUGCACUGGAUUUCACGUGCCAAGUUGGAUUUUAAUGGAUUAUGUAGGUGAAACUGGCUUUUUGGAGGACUCCUGUUGGGCUCCUUUCGCUGGGCCCCUUCAAGUUUAUUGCAACUGAGAGAGAGUUUUUCUGAUUUCAUUUACUCCAUGGUGGCAUUUGCGUAAAGCGCGCAGAGCUACAGCGUCCCCGCUAUGGACAACCUCACCAUGGACAACGUGACUGUGGACAAUGACACGUCGGCGCAGGACAAUCACACCCUGGGCGUCUGGACUGAUUACACCACUCAGUACAAAGUGGCCAGUGUGUUUCUGGUGUCCCUCAUAUGCGGCGUGGGCAUCGUGGGGAACGUGAUGGUCAUACUGGUGGUCCUGACCACCAAGCACAUGCGGACACCCACCAACUGUUACCUGGUGAGUCUGGCCGUCGCGGACCUGAUGGUUCUGACGGCCGCCGGGCUGCCCAACAUCACCGACGCCCUGUACGGCCAGUGGGUGUACGGCUACGCGGGCUGCCUGGGCAUCACCUAUUUCCAGUACCUGGGAAUAAACGCGUCGUCCUGCUCCAUCACUGCCUUCACCGUGGAGCGCUACAUCGCCAUCUGCCACCCGAUUAAAGCGCAGUUCCUGUGCACGUUGUCCAGGGCGAAGAAGAUCAUCAUGCUGGUGUGGGCGCUCACGUCCGUGUACUGCGUCAUGUGGCUGUUCCUGUCGGACACCACGAAAUUGGCGUACGACAACGUGGUGCUGCUCAGCUGCGCCUACAAAGUGUCCCGGAGCUACUACCUGCCCAUCUACUUCACGGAUUUCGCGGUGUUCUACGUGCUGCCCCUCAUGCUGGCCACCGUGCUCUACGGACUGAUCGCCAGGAUCCUUUUCCUGAACCCGCUGCCCUCGGAUCCCAAAGACAGCUCCAAGAAGUGGAAGAAGGAGACGAGUCGGGAGGGGAGGAUGAUCAGCACCAACUCCUCCAGCAGCACCACGGCCGCGUCCCGCAGACAGGUGACCAAGAUGCUGGCCGUGGUGGUGGUCCUCUUCGCCCUGCUGUGGAUGCCCUACCGCACCUUGGUGGUGGUCAACUCCUUCCUGGACAAGGCCUACCUGGACACCUGGUUCCUGCUCUUCUGCCGCCUCUGCAUCUACCUGAACAGCGCCAUCAACCCGGUCAUCUACAACGCCAUGUCGCAGAAGUUCCGCGCGGCCUUCAGGAAGCUGUGCCGCUGCGGGCCGCAGCGCAAAGAGAAGCCGGCGUCCUACAGCGUGGCGCUCACCUACAGCGUCAUCAAGGACAUGUCCAACGGCGAGAGCCCCGACCACUUCACCACCGAGAUGGACGAGCUGCACACGCCGACGGAUCAGUACGCGCCCGUCAGCGCCAAGAGGCCGCGCGAGGAGCCGUCCCUGUCCGGGAGCGACGUCAAAGCCUGAGGGGAAGAUCGGAGCUCCCGACAGCUGCAGCGCGGACACUACGGACACGUGCGGACGAAAUGUACACAUAGGGUUGAUGUUUAAGUGUUCUCUGUGGAGGACGCCCCCUUUAUUUGACAAGCCUGUCUGCUACAGCCCAAACACGGCGCGACGGGACCAGCAGCCGCACGCUGCAGGCCAAAAUCUAGUUUACCGAUACAUCUGCGAUGGUGAAGAGGGGUCUAAUGUAUCUGAGCAAACAGGAAGCGUUAAUAAUGCAGGCCGCCGUGCACCUCACGCUAAUGGCAUCCAUUAGACCAACAGGUGUUUCACACCUCUGUAUAAUAAUAGUUCAAGCUCAGCCGUCCGCAGCGAUGAUGUGGUUGAAUCAACAGCCCUUCACAGAGUUUGUGAAGAGACUGUUUAGAUAUUUACAAAGGUAAUAAAGAGAGGUAUUAUGAGGGGAGAAGCUCUCCAGUUGUUCUUCGGGAUGGGUCUAAUUGCUGGGGAAGGCGCAGGAGCUGUGCAGGAAUAGAAUCACACCUUCAUUUUAAAGUUUGUGGUUUUACGUGUGCGACUGGAGCUUCAGCAUAUCAUUUCUGAACAUUACCUUCAAAUGAGUGCUCAGCCGAGCCGCGUUUGAGCCGAUUAUCGCUGUGCUGUCAAGGAGGGAACGUUAUCGGCGGUGCGUCGCCCCUCCUUCGCAAACAGCCUUUGUUGCUGGCGUCGCACAACCGCGGGGUUUCAUUUGAACCGACCCCGAGCGCUUUUCCGCUGGUUGCGCGCCCGCUCCUCCGCUCUCUCGCCACCGGGAGCCGUGUAAUUCGAACGAAUUCGAAUGAAUCCGAACGCGCGGCGCCGUGACAUUUUAAUCUCGCUACUGGAGAGAAAGCGCGGGCCUGGAAUUACAUGACCUUUUAAAAAGGUCCAAGCGUGAGAAAGGGAUGGAUAUUACAGACGCUCAAUUAAACCCGCUGUGUCGUUUUAAAAUCAGCUAAACCCUAAGAAGGUUCUGCGGGCCCUGGGUCCCGACGGCGCCGAUGCCCACAAGGUGCUGUGUGUCAUAAUGAGCCAUGUGUGUAUAAAUCUGAUGUGCAAAUUCAGGCCAUUUGUCACUUGUGUGGCGGUAAGUCAUGGACGUGGCCCACGACUGUGGAGCUCACAGCUUUCCUGUGAUUUAUCUCCUCAGAGCAUUGACGGAAUGUGUAAAUAGAUCGCAACAAAGUGCCGAGUGCUGGAGUCGGUGCCGUGCGCAGUCUGUACAUAGCUCACCCAGCGAUUAAAGGGGCCAUUUUCUGCUGUUUCUCGGGGAGCGCCGCGAGGGAUCGGGGCCCGUUCCAUCCUAAGCAGCAGGCUUUUUGUCUUCUAUAGAAGUUGCUCCAAAUUGAUUGUGCAGUGCAAUGUGAAAUGAAUUAGAUAUUGUGUUUUGAGACGUGUGCCAGCGAGCGCGUUUUUUAGAAUAAUAGCUUGUUUUGAGCCAUUGUUCCGUCACAGUGUUCUCUAUCAUUUCACACACGUCCGUGGAUCCUACGCAAAUACUCUCUAAACAGCCUAGAAGAAAAGUUUAACGUCUACAGUUUGUUGUGUAACAUGCACUUUUAUUAAUUCCCCUCUUGAUACAUGCCGAGCAGUUGUGUUGUGAUGCUUUCGAUUUUUAGAACACGAAGAUGAGAAAACCCGAUACACGAUCUUUUUCCAUUUGAGAUGACGCUUUCUGUUCCAACGUAGCUGUCGUCUGGUCUUGCUGUUGGAUGGGUUUGUUGACUAUUUUGUAAUGUUCUUUGACUACAAUAAAGGCGCCGUGAUAGCAGA